AUGUUUCAGCCACAUUCUAUGGUGUUUGCGUUCUUGGAUCCAACAUGUCUUAGCGCCAUGGCUGGCACUGCCGCUGACUGGGAGGAUCAGCUGGAUGCACUCUGGGAUACUGUGGAGGCUGAGGAGAAGGAGCGGCGCCAGGCAUUGGAUCUGUCCAUCCGGGCCAUGUCAGGAGAGCUGAUGGCUGAACUCACAGUGAACGGUCGCUGUACCGCGGGGGCGCUUGCACGUGAGCUGGUCAAGCUCGUGGUGCCUGAAGCCUACACCGAGUACCGCUUGGCCACUGACACUGAGGCGUUGCGCCCGGAGCAGCGGCUCUGCGACCACGUCUUGGACGGCGCCGAGCUGACGGCCCUGGUGGUGGCCUCUGCGGCCGGGGACUUCGUCUGCCAGGCACAUCGGGGCCGCGCUGUGACGCUCUGUUUAGGGUUGGAUCGCAUGGCCAAAUGCAAGAUCCAACGCAAUGUGGGUGGAAUGCUCUUCGACCACUGGGCUGAAGGUUAUUGGGAGGAGAAGCUGAAACCCGGUGCCGAUGAUGAUCUCCACAUCCACGUCACGCUGGACCAGACGGUGGGUGCCAUGAGCGAAUUUGUCAUCAGGCAAAACCUGCAACUGGAGCGACAGGAGGAUGGGGACCUGCUGGUGCUGGAGGUCUUUGGUGAAGUACGUGGAGGGAGUCAGGUGGAGGACAACAUGCUGGUGGCGUCCGUGGGAGACGUCUUUGGACGCUUUUGAGACGGGGCAAUGAUCUCCGUAACAGCUCCAUGCGUUUGAAAGGACAAAAA